AUGGGCAAGCCGUCAGCAUCUGCAAGAGGUGGCAAGGGGGGACGAGGAGGUGCACCAGGCGGAAGAGGUCGAGGUCGCGGUGGUCGCGGUGGAGGACGCAACCUGGCUGAUCGGUAUGCAUCGGCGUUCGACACGGAUAGCUGGAGACCGGACAGCGCCAUUGAUGGACCACGGCGCGACGACAGCGACGAGGAUGAGGUCGACUCCGAGGAUCAGGGCAGCAGCGACGAAGAGUCCUCUGAAGCUGGUCCCUCCAGGCACAGAUCCGAUGACGACGAGCAGGACGCCACAAGCGAUCUGGGUGACAGCGACGCCAACUCGAUCGAUGGGGGCGACGAUGUCACCUCAAUAUCCGUCCCUGUCGCCAUGUGGGACUUCAAUCACUGCGACCCCAAGCGCUGUUCUGGCAAAAAGCUCUCUCGUCUUGGUCUCAUCCAAGAGUUGCGAGUCGGUCAGAAAUUCCGCGGCAUCGUCCUCACCCCCAACGCAACCCAAACACUCUCUCCUGCCGAUGCCCACAUCGUGGCCGAGAACGGCGUAGCGGUGGUCGAAUGUAGCUGGGCGCGACUCGACGAGGUCCCCUUCGGCAAGCUCAAGAGUCCCAACGAGCGCCUGCUGCCGCAUAUGAUCGCCACCAACCCCGUCAACUAUGGCAAGCCGAUGAAGCUCAAUUGCGUCGAAGCGCUAGCUGCCGCUUUCUAUUUGGUCGACAUGCCAGCUCAGGGCAGGCUGUUGCUGUCCAAGUUUGGCUGGGGAGAGCAUUUCCCAAAAAUCAAUGCGAGGUGGAUUAGAGCCUAUCGAGAUUGCAAAGAUGCCGGCGAGGUUGAUGAGCUCAGCCGCAAAAUGGUGGAAGAGGACCGACUGGAGAAGCAGGAGCAGAAGAAGAGGUUUGACGAGUCGGGCGGGAUACAGGGGACGCUGGAUAGAAUUGCUGAUGAGGCUGCUGCGAGGGACGAGGAUGAUCCUUUCGGCAGUGAGGACGAGAAGGAGGCCGAGGAGAGAGCGCUCCAACAGGACUUUUCCAAGAUUGUUCGCGUCACGGAUCCAUCAGCGGCCUCCUGA